AUGUCUCGACCUAUGCAGGUUGAUAUGGUUGGGGGAGCAAGCCGGUCUUUGAUGUCGGAGCGCCUACCAUCAGCUGGAAACGGUCUGCUACCAUCAGGUAUUGAUGCUAUGGGGUCUUUUGGUCCAUCUCAACUUCCGAAGAAACGUGAGCUACGCGUCCAACUAACCCAGAUAGAUUUUCGCCUGAAGCCCAUGAAACUAAUCCAAGUGAAUUUUUCUCAAGUUUUGAACACUAACCUGGUAGCUCGACCACAAAGAUUGUCUAAUCUUGAUGGUGGUAGAGGGUAUCAAAGGGUAGCAGCAGCAAAAGAUGUUUCGGCGCAACGUGCUAUAAUUGAUGAGACUAAUGCCGAAGAAGAGAUCAGAAGGAUUGGUCUCAUGAUCUUGAAUCCCAAAGAUCCCGGUCUUGAUCCACCUCAAGGCGUUUAUUACUCGAAAGCGAAUGCUAUAAAUGCUAUUUCUGUCUACAUGAAAGAUUACGAAGAUACACCUGGCGUAUUCAGUCAGGGUGUGAAGGCCUUGCGUCAGCUUGUAGCUCACGAUCCCGAGACCAAAAAUAUGGCACAGGCAUCUCUUUACAAACUUCUUUCUGUUGAUCUAUCCGGUUCUUCUAAAAGACAAAUAUAUCUUGAUUCAGGUUUGUUGGAUGUGAUUUCUUCGAAUCCUUCCUAUGUCCUGUUUCAGAAAAUCCAAGAUGACGCUCGCGCUUUGUUUGAUAAAUUCACUAUGACCAGCUUCAAGAGAGUUUACAAGAAUGCCUUCCCUUCCGAGGCUAUGAAAUUCUGGAAGUCUUUCCAGAGUGGUUCAAUAAACGAAGAAGAACUUGUUAACACCAUGGAGAGGACACUAACAGGAAUGAGAAAUGCCUUGAGCCAUGAUGUUCAUGGUAUCGAAGACGCGAAGAUCUGGAUGGGUGUAUUCUACGCGGUUAUUCGCGAUGCCAAACGCGAAAAAAUGGAUAUGUUCGAAAUGCUAUACCGAUACUCUAGACCCAAAGGUCUUGCACAUGGAGAUACUUCAGAAGUUUUCUCAUCAAAAGAACUUCAGAUUAUUGCUCAAGAAGCUUGCAGAAGCCUAGCCAAGGACCAAGACGUACUGGGAAAGCGCUAUGAGAUCUUGCUGGCAAGGGAUGCAAAAAGGGUCUUUUCGAAUAGCGAAGUUCCGGAGUUCUUGCUACACCUGGCUAUCAAUGGCAAUCCUGCGCUGCAACGUGCAUCACGCAUCUUGUCCACAGAACAUGCUUCCGUCGAACUCGAAGUGGUCCUUGCGGAGCUUGAUAAAUUUUUGGAAAAUUCGAUUCGUGCUCCUAACACUUGGUCUGAUGAUUUCCAACAAGGAGUUCUUGUUUUGUUCAACUACGGCAAAUCUCUCAUUAAAAAUGAUCCCGAUCAUCUCAAGAAUCCCUUGUACCAAAUGGUGUCUGAAACUUUGAAGCGUGCCUCCAAUCCGGAAGUCACUCUGGAGAAACGUAUAAUUGCAUCAGAAGGCCGAAGUAUGCUCAAUUUAUUGUCGAAAGAAAAUGGUCUGGACAGUAGCCGAAUCUUGGGAUCCUCUUAUCUCUAUUCAAUUCGUUCGCAUUUUUCGUCUUUUGAGAAGUAUGUCAAUGCGGCUUUGCAGAAUUCAAUUGCAAGCUCAAAGACCAGAGGUCAAUCCUCUCUUAUCCGGGAAGCAUUUUUGCAAAGAAUGACGAAGUACGAGAACAAAGAGAUGAUGCAAUUGGUGAACGAAUUAUUUGAAACUUCACCCAAGAUUUCGACGGAUCGCAAGUAUGAAACCCUAGACGCCAUCAAGAAAUUGAUCACUAUUCCUGAAGCUGAGGAUAUCAAAAAUGACGAUAUCGUCGCUAGCUCAAAUUGGAGGCUUAUCUUGUUAUUGGACUUCGUCGCCGCUUAUGCAUUGGAAUCCACCACCAACACUCGUCUCCUUAACCACGUUCUCGGCGAUAUAGAAGAUUUAACCCACACCUCAUCCAUCGUUAACAGCAGACUUGCUCAGAUUUCUCGACAAAUGCUGGAUACACACAUACGUGAUACUUUACCAGCUGUUGCCGAAAAAGUCGUUGAAAUUUACCCUUAA